CCCUGUUUGUUCAUCACUUCGAUUCCGCAUUUCUUCAGCCAAACCCCUAAUUUCCGAUUCUUCAAAUCCAUCUCUACCUCUGCAAAUUACUGCUUUUUUUUCCGAUAAAAUUUAGGAUUUCUCCGGCAAUGAGACACUAUUUCACCCGCUUCCUCUCUCAAUCCCUCACCCGCCUCCCCAAAUCCAUCACACCCAGUCCCCGAAUUGCAACCCCGCUGAAAAGCCCUAAUCUAAUUCGCCGAUUCUCGGACACAGCUCAGGAAUCGAAGCCUUCCCCAUCCCAACCAGUAGACGAAAUCGUCGACGAGCUUUCUAAUCUCACACUGCUCGAGAUAGCUGACCUUGCCGAGGUUCUGAGGCAGAAAUUGGGGAUUGAGGAAAUGCCGAUGAUGGCGGUUAUGAUGCCCGGGAUGGGAUUCGGACCGGGAAUGGCGGGAGGGAAGGGGAAAGGCGGUGGAGGCGCGGCCAAGGAGGAGGAGAAGAAGGAGAAGACGUCGUUUGAUUUGAAGCUAGAGGGUGGUUUCGAUGCGGGUGCGAAGAUUAAGAUUAUUAAGGAAGUAAGGGCGUGCACGGAUCUGGGGCUGAAGGAGGCCAAGGAUUUGGUGGAGAAAGCGCCUACGUUGCUGAAGAAAGGCGUGACGAAGGACGAGGCGGAGAAGAUUAUCGGGAAGAUGAAGGAGAUUGGGGCUAAAGUGACCAUGGAGUGAGGAUUGGAUUGAAGAAUGGCUUUGAACUUGGCACACAUUUUGUCCAUUGCUUUGCAGUCGAACUUAGGUUUCAUGGUCAUGCUAGCUUCUAUGAAGUGAAUCAUUUUGACUACUCAUAUGGAUCUCUCAAUGAUUCUUUUCAGCCGUUUUUGCUGCAACAGCAAUGGCGGCUUUUAUCCACAUACACAAGUGACUUGAUGAGCAAAGGGAGGAACCGGGCUGAUUUUCUGGUGAUGCAGUGACUUGGGCAGAAUCUGGUUUUUCAUUUUAUUAUAAGCAGCUUAGAACGAUCAUGUGAAAACCUGGUUGCAGCUUCAUACUUGAACUAAUCUAGCAGGUCCCAGAAAUUUGUGUGGUUAUUAUUAGUGUAGAAUUGCUUUGGAUUUACAUUUUAAAAUGUUAACAUAUUUUUCAGUAUUUCUCUAAUUGAGAGGAAAUUGAUUGAAGGCA